GAUUGUCCACAACGUGUUGAAGGAAGAUUCACGUGUGAAAUUUUUUGGUCUUCCACCGUACAGCCAGACGUUGGAACAAAAAGUGACAGAUUAAUCGGGUAUCUGUGUAGCUCGGAGUCAUGGGUCGGAAGUUGGAUCCCACCAACAAGGUGAAGAGAGGGCCAGGGAAAAAAUCCAGGAAACAACAGGGAGCAGAGACCGAGUUGGCGAAGUUUAUAACUGAUGAGGAAACUGGACCAAAACGUCUCUCAAGUAGAGGCAGGAAAAGAGCUGCAAAGAGAGUCCAGAAUUUGAAAAAGCCAAAAGAUGUAGCAGAGGAACAGCCCAAGAAAGGAUUCACUGAUGAGAACAGUAAAUGGUUGAAACCAGCAAAGAGGAAGCGCAAAAUGAAUGAACCUGAAAGUGAGGAUGACAGUGAAGAGCACUGGGAGGAAGAGGAGGAUGAGGAGGAGGAACAGGAGCUGCAGCAGCAGCAGCAGCAGAAGAAAGGAGGAAAAGACCAAGGAAAAAAGGGUGCAAAAUCAGGAGUGAAACAGGUUGAGGAGGAGGAGGAGGAUGAUGACGGUGAUGGUGAUGAUGACGACGAUGAUGAUGAUGAUGAUGAAGAAAUGGUUGAUGACUACGGCACACUUGAUGACGGCAGUGCAGAUGAAGCAGCAGAAGAAGAAAGUGAUGGAGAGGAACUCCUUCCUAUUGAGCGAGCAGCAAAGAAAGAGAAAAAGCUGAAAGAAACCAUGGCUCUAGGGAGUGAUGACGAUGAUGAGGAGGAAGAUGACGAAGGUGAUGAUGAUGAUGAUGAUGAUGAUGAAGAGAAAUCAGAUGCUGACAUGGAUGAAGAAGACACAGUACAAACCAACAUAGAUGAAAUGGACAUAUUUAGACUACCUGGGGCAGAGGAGACUGAGAAGGAAGGUGUCUUGCCUCUAGACCUGAAGACAAUUUAUCAGAGGAUAAAGGACAACGUUGAUGUCCUUUGUAAUUUCUCAACAAAAAGGGAGGAGGGCAAAGAGAGAGCAGAGUACAUCUCGCUCCUGAAGAAAGAUCUCUGCACCUACUACAGCUACAACAACUUCCUCAUUGAGAAAUUAAUAGACCUCUUCCCUCUCUCAGAGCUGGUUGAUUUCCUUGAGGCCAAUGAAAUUCAGAGACCUGUCACUAUUCGGACCAACACACUUAAAACGAGGAGGCGGGACCUUGCACAGGCCCUCAUCAACAGAGGAGUGAACCUUGAUCCACUGGGGAAAUGGUCUAAAGUGGGUUUGGUGAUCUAUGACUCCUCAGUACCUGUAGGUGCAACUCCAGAGUACCUGGCUGGUCAUUACAUGCUGCAAGGAGCCUCCAGUUUUCUGCCCGUCAUGGCGCUUUCUCCACAGGAGGGAGAGUUAGUGUUGGAUAUGAGCUCAGCUCCAGGAGGCAAGACCUCCUAUAUUGCUCAGCUGAUGAGAAACACAGGCACGAUCGUGGCUAAUGACGCUAACGCUGAAAGAUUGAAGAGUGUGGUGGGAAACAUCCACCGUCUGGGUGUCACCAACACUGUGGUCUGCAACUACGAUGGCAGGCAGUUCCCAAAGGUAAUGGGUGGGUUUGAUAGAGUACUGCUUGAUGCUCCAUGCUCAGGCACAGGAGUCAUCGCUAAAGAUCCAGCUGUGAAGACCAGCAAGGAUGAGGCAGACAUCCAGCGCUCUGCUCACCUGCAGAAAGAGCUGAUUCUAUCUGCCAUAGACUCUGUCAAUGCUGAGUCACCUUCAGGAGGAUAUCUGGUCUACUGCACAUGUUCAAUAAUGAUGGAGGAGAAUGAAUGGGUGGUGGACUAUGCCUUAAAGAAAAGGAACGUCAAAUUAGUUCCCACAGGACUUGACUUUGGCAAGGAAGGCUUCACCAGGUUCAAAGAACGCAGGUUCCAUCCUUCUCUGCGACUCACUCGGCGAUUUUACCCUCAUUCCCACAAUAUGGAUGGGUUUUUUGUGGCCAAACUGAAGAAGUUCUCCAAUGUAAUUCCAACUGCACCAGCAGGGAAAGAAGAAGAGAAUUCUGAAGCUCCUGAAGCUGUGGAGGUCGUUGCAGAAGCUCCUCAGGAGAAACCGUCCAAAAGUGACAAGACGAACAAGACGGUCCCCAGUAAGGCAGGCAGCUCAAAGAAAAAAGGCCAAACCAAUGGAACAGCAGCCAAGGAAAAAGCAAACGUCAAGUCAAAAGGCAAAAAGAACUUACCCACUGGACCAAAAAAGGCAAAGAUCGCCAAGAUGGAUGGAAAGACUGUGAAAGGGGCGGAGGCCAAGAAGCUCGCAGUGAAGACAACUGAGGAGACUAAAGCAUCAAAGGCUGGCAAAAAGGAAGGGAGCAGAUUUGAGAAAAAGCAGGCCAAAAAGAUAAAAUCACCCAUGAAGGCCAAGAACAGAAUUGGAAAGAAUAAAUUCAGAAAGUUGAAGCACAUGUUGCAACAACAAGACAUAGAGUGACAUUGUACACAGUUUAAAAUGUACUAGCUAAUGUAAGAGCUUUGUAGAACUUCAUUACAGACCCAAAUCCUCGUCCCUUCAGUCGAAGUUGGUGUGCUGUGUUCUUUCAGAGCAACAAUACUGUAUGUGUCAAAUAUGAUUGUAACACGGCCAUGUACAGGUGGAUUGGACUGGUCAAUGAUGUUCACAUUUAAGUUUAGUCCUCCUUUUUGUAUUUGUAUUACAGAAUAUUCAUUGUGUUUGAUGAUUUAAUUGCAGGGUGGGACAACGUUAAGAAAUCUGUGAGACAAUAAAUCUUUUAAGAUA